AUGAAUUCUUGGGAAGAAGGCCGAAAUAAGUUCCCAGUAUUAAAUAGGCUAUACCAGAAACAGGUAGACUAUUACAACUCAAAAGUGAUCACAGACAUCAUCUAUAAUGAGAAUUCAAACCUAGUCUCUGUUUUCAAGGACUACUUGAUCUAUGACGAUGUGAGUGAGUUUUUGAAGAGGACCUACAGCACUGAUGAAUCUAAGGAACGACUCCCAAAAGUCUUUGAAUUUUAUGAAAAAUAUUCAAAAGUAUUCCCAAAUUAUGUUACCCUCCCAGAGAACAAGUACAUGUUUAAGAAUAUCGAAAGGAAGCAGAGGAUGAUUGACGAUAAGCAAAACGCUCUAGAUAACAUUGAGCAGAGACAGCGCAAGAAAAAUAAUGGACAUUUCUCAGACCUCCUGGGCGAUAGCUCGAUUGAAAUGUUCUCUACCAGAUUUAUGGACUCUAUUCUCAAGCAGGACGAAGAGCUUGAGAAACAACGGAAACAAAGAGAGAUUAAUCAGAAGUUCGUCAAAGCUGUUGAAGAUUUUACUAAGAAUGAUUCCAUCAUGGGUCCAGUGGAUCAGAGCCAAGUCUCCGUCAACCUUAGUAUGAGUGAGAUGGAUAAUAAAGAAAAUAGUGACUUGUCUUUGAUAAAAUCUGAAUUUACUGUUGAUCAAAAUGAGUCUUAUCAUAGUAAUAUAUCCAACAAACAGCAGGUUCAGACAACUCCUGCAGGUAAGAACAAGCCUCCAAAUCCUAGAAAAGUUAAUGUAUUCGAGUACAAUAACCUGGCUAAUAAAAAGAUAAAGCUAAUAAACUUGAAUAAACCCUUGCAGAGGACAGAUAUUAUCCAUCUAGAGAGUUCACUUGACUUGGACAAGAGUUCUCCUGUAAGGAACAAGAAGAAGGCAGGCAAGAGCUCUGUACUGUCAAGCCAGAAGUUUCUCAAGAACUCCCAGAACCCCAUUUCAAAGAUAAGUAAGAAAGUGUCUCUGAAAAGUCUCAAGAUGUCAGAGAAUGAUGACAGAAGGACUUUCAUUAGUAGCACAGAUAGGCACCUGGAUAUGACAAGUAAUAAGCAAAGGAAUUCAGAGAAAACUACUGAGCCUGGGAUCAUAAUCACCAAAAGAUCAGAAGUGCCUCGGAUGGUGAAAAAGAGGAAGAAAAUUGUUAUGGAUCAAAAAUUAACCACCAGGAAUAACUUGGCAGAUAAGCUUAUAUCCCAUCAAAGGAAAAAUACAGAUAUUUGGACUAACCAAAUGCUCAAUGGAGGAGAUUCUCGGCAGUCAUUCUUGACAAAGCAAGCUCAAGGUAAUUCCUCUCAUCCUCUUCUUGUAAUGAACGGGAUGAAUACUGCUCACAAGCAUACAAAAUCAAAGGAUGUGUUGCUUACAGGAGAUAAAAGGCUAGGUAAACCUAAUUCUAUGAAGAGCCAGAAGUCCUACAAAAAUAUAUACUCAAAGCCCAUGCACCUCAACACAAGAAGUAAAAAUUCCUCCUCAAAGAAGAGAAGGAAGGGAAGAGGGUUCCAGUCACAACAUCAUGGACAGUUAAGUAUUCCUACUCAAACAAAAGGGAAUUUAUAUGUUGGACCAACAACUGGUGGAAAUUCUUCUGUUAAGAGGAAAAAUAGAGAUACUUCUUCCCAGAAAUUCUCAACAGUCAGUACUUCCAAGUUCAAUACAGAUUCUUUGGGGCUUACCUUGGUGCAACAGAAGGAAGGGGCAAAGUUCAAAGAUAAGAAGCUGAACGAAAGAAAUUUUAAAAACCAUAUUGUAACAGAAAGAUAUAAGAAUUCGGAUGGGAGUCAUCCAAGAUUUGGUAGCAAGGAGAGAAAAAGUACGAAUCUUGGCUCAAAGCAGCUGAAAUCUAUCAAGAUCCGAGGUGCUUCAAGUAGUGCAAUAGGCAAUCUUCCAACUUCUGUGAAUAACAAUCACCAUUACGGAUUAUUUUUCAACACAAAUAACACUGAGAGGCAGUCUAAGGAGCUGCUUCUAAACGAUAAGAAGAUGAAGAGUAUGAAGCAUUUCAAAAAAUCUCAGAUACACAGAGAGAAGCAGAAGUACAAGAUCGAAGGACUGGGUAAAUACUAUGGGUCGUUGACAGAGAGAAAUCAAAAGAGAGCUUAUCAUUAA